CUGAUAAACUAUCCGUGAAAAUAUCAAAACUUUCUCGAUCGAAAAAAAAAGUUGGCUGACGACUACUACAGUGAUCACUUGUUUUUUUCUUUUGCAAACUGUUGAAGUUAUUGAGUGGAGAUAUCAUGAAGUGCAUCUGUGUGCCUAGGUAUUCUUUGUGAACAUGAGCACACGUUCCACCGUGUAUAACGACACAAUGGAUGUUGGAUAUGCCGAUGACGUUUCCCUGUCGAGGACUAUUCCUGUGCCUUUAGCCGAUCAGGAUACAACUGUGGAAGAGGAGUCUACUCAUCUUAACUCCUGGGCAGAAGACAACAGGAUGACGCUGAACGGUGGGAAGAGUUUACUUCUCCAGAUCUGCUUCAGCAAAUCUGCUCCGAUUCCACCUAUGAUCACACUUGGAGGCCAACCAGUUCCGUCCGUUGACUGUGCCAAAGGACUAGGUUUCUACAUGGACAAGAACCUCACCUUCGACGAACAGAUCUCUGCAAUGAUCAGUAAAGCAUCGCGCAGACUACAUUAUCUGCGUCUGUUGACGAAGCAAGGUACCAGUGUAACGGACCUGAUACAGAUAUACCUGUCACUUGUACGUCCAGUACUCGAGUAUGGCCAUGUUAUACUGGUCGGGUGCAGUAAGGAGCAGGAACUGGCCAUCGAGAGGGUACAGCGCCGGGCCCUGCGCAUCAUCUCCCUUGGAGGUAGACGCAGUGUGCCCGACUUGCCAACACUGAAGGUCAGACGGGAGGAGGCAGCGGUACAGCUGUUUGAACGCAUGCUCAAGGAAGACCACCCCCUGCAUGACAUGGUUCCACCCACAAGAACAGGGGCCACGGGACGCACACUUAGAAACUCUAGGACAAUCAGUUUACCAAAAGCCCGUACUAAGAGACUCAGCAAGUCCUUCCUCCAUAGCGCCAUCCGUCUAUGCAACAAGAAGGUUACACAGUGGUGCUAUUAACACUUGUUGUUAGCCAUUACCUGUACUGCUUGUAACUCGGUACCGUUUUCCAAUACGUUGAUUUUAAUCUAUUAUGUAUGUUAUACGCAUGUUAACUGGAAUCUACAAGUCGUUGUUUGUAUGCAGCUAUUGUUAUUAUGUGUUUUGUGUGGCUUUGGUAAGCCUGACGUGUGUAAUAAGGUCAAAAUUCGGGUGAAUGUGUGUUUGCCCGCGAGAACCUUAAUA